GGACAGCAAUGAAUUGGUCACUGUGACGUGUCAGGCGCUGGGAGUGUGCGCUUGCGCAUUCCAGGUUGCUUGCCCCGGUUCGGGGAGGCGGGGUAUUUGCAAGAGUGUGUACCUGUUGCCCAGCCUCCCAUUCAGCUGUCAUUAUGUCUCUGUCUGGCUCUGGACGGAUUGCUGCUGGUCUUCUGGCAAACUUAAUGUCUUCUAUCUGCAUUGUGUUUCUGAACAAAUGGAUCUACGUGCAUUACAGCUUCCCCAAUAUGAGCCUUACUCUGCUGCACUUUGUUGUGACUUGGCUAGGUUUAUAUAUCUGCCAGAGGUUAGGGGUCUUUUGCCCCAAGCGCCUACCUGCCUCUAAGGUGUUGCUUCUUGCCCUUAGUUUCUGUGGCUUUGUGGUCUUCACCAACUUGUCCCUACAGAAUAACACUAUAGGCACCUACCAGCUUGCCAAAGUCAUGACUACCCCGGUCAUCAUCCUCAUCCAAACCAUUUGGUACGGAAAGAUGUUCUCCCUCAAGAUCAAGCUUACGCUGAUACCUAUAACAUUGGGAGUGUUUCUUAACUCAUACUAUGAUGUGAAGUUUAAUGUCCUUGGAAUGUUGUUUGCUACACUGGGUGUUUUAGUAACAUCCCUUUAUCAAGUGUGGGUAGGAUCUAAGCAGCACGAAUUACAGGUGAACUCCAUGCAACUACUCUACUACCAGGCACCAAUGUCAUCUGCUAUGCUGCUGUGUGUUGUGCCUUUUUUUGAGCCAAUCAUCGGAGAAGGAGGCAUAAUUGGACCUUGGUCUCCCACAGCUAUCGCCAUGGUACUUUUGUCUGGUGUUGUUGCCUUUACAGUAAACUUAUCUAUCUACUGGAUCAUUGGAAAUACCUCGCCUGUCACAUACAACAUGUUUGGGCACUUUAAAUUCUGCAUCACAUUACUUGGAGGGUAUCUCUUAUUUAAGGACACUCUCUCUCUUAAUCAGGGACUUGGAAUCGUGUGUACUUUACUUGGAAUUUUAGCCUAUACGCACUUUAAACUUGGCGAACAGGAAGCAAACAAAAGUAAACUAGUUCAGAGGCCAUAAGACUGUAUUUCCACCAAGGCCACUUUAAAAGAAAAGAUUUAUUUUUUUAAUUAAAAAAUGCUUACGGACAGUAUUAUUAUUUUUUUUAAAUUGUGAUUCAAUGCAAAUAUUUGUAGAAUUAACAUUUCAGAACAUGUUUAAGCAUUGUCAGUCUGUUGGAUUGAGUACUUGUUUCUUAUAGAUGGGAUUACAGAAAUAAUUUAAAAUGUUUAUAUUUUACUUUUAAACCAUGUAAAAUAACCCAUAAUGCAGUGUAUUUAAAGUGCAAUAUAAGUAUGUAUGAUGCCAUGUUCUAAUAAUUACAUUUUUUUAAUAUUGAAAGAAAGUUGGUUACACUCGCAACACCAAUAUUUCCAUUUUUUUAUGAGGUACAAUUUAAUUGUGGAAAUUUAAGUAAUUUUGCAUUUUUAUUUAAAGAAUGAUCUGCAUUACUGCAACCUACUACUUUUGUGAAGACUGUAUAAUGCUGGAUAUUUUCAUGACUACGUGACAAUUAAAUAAGUCUGAUCUGAGAAGUAUAUUACUGUGUAAAUUAGUAGCUAUUUUUCCAUGACUGACCUGCUGUAAUAGUUUUCUAGCCAUGCAUAUGCAUUUGCCAAGUUUCUGGACACCAGAUUUAUUUAUUUUAUUUUUUCCUCUUAACCAAAUUCAAAAUGUAGCCAUACUAGUGAAAAGCUGGGUCUGGUAAGCCAGUAUGAGUGAAUGCAGCACAAACAUUGAAAGGGACACUAAACUCAAAAUGUAAUUAUCCCUUAUAAAAAAAGAUUUAAUUGAGUUUAGAAAAAAUAAAAUUGUGAAGCACUUUUGUUA